CGAAAUUGUUCGCGAUGAUGGUGGCUUGGGUUCUAUUUGGCCUUUGCGCCAUAGCCGCUCCCAGCUUCCAGCAGGGUCAAUACAAAGUUGUCGACCAUACAUUCCUGGAUAAGCAGCAGAAAGUACUAACGCUGUUCAAGCAUAUCCACCAACCCAGCUACUACCAGGAGCACGUUCAAAUCAACCACACCGUAACCACUCCCGUUCAAUGGCUCCACGACAACAAGGCCUCCUUCACGAAACCCGAAGUGGUGGACCACGCGAUCAAGUUCUACGACCAUUGGCUCCACGUAGACGAGAUCUUCUCGGUCGCGCACCACCAUCACGUCCACCAAGCGGUGGUUCUUUUCAAACUCUUCUACUACGCCAAAGACUUCGACACCUUCUACAAAACCGCUGUCGUGAUGCGGGAGCACAUGAACGAAGGCUUGUUCCUCUACACAGUUUCGGUCGCGAUCGUGCAUCGUCCCGACACUUACGGCGUCAUAUUGCCGCCCAUCUACGAAAUCUAUCCUUGGUACUUCUACAACUCGGACGUGGUCCACCAGGCUUACAAGUUCAAGCAGAUGCACGAGGGUGAGAAUCAGAGCACCGAUCAGAAACACCACGUAGUCGCCAAUUACUCCGGCCAUUACCUGAACUUGCACCCGGAGCAGUCGCUGUCGUACUACUUGGAAGACGUCGGCAUCAACGCUUACCAUUAUUAUUACCACCUGCAUUAUCCGUCGUGGAUGGACGGCGAGGAGUUCGGGAUCAAGCACGAUCAUAGAGGCGUAAUGUUUUUGACCGUCUACAGGGCUCUCGUCGCUCGGUACUACUUGGAGAAGUUAUCCCACAAGCAAGGUCAGGUUCCGACGUUUGACUGGGACGUUCCCAUCGAAACUCCUUACUAUCCCUCGCUCCAAUAUCCCAACGGUCUCCCGUUUCCUGAGAGGCCAAAGUUCGCCAACCUCCACGACGUCUACCGUACUUACGGAGAGCACAUCAACGACGUCUACGCUUUUAGCCACGCUAUGGUUAAGGAAUCAGAGGGCCGCAUCCACGAAGCGAUCGACAGCGGCUUUGUCAUAAACAACAAAGGCAAAAAGGUGGAACUGUACACCCAGGAAGGCAUGGACCAUUUGGGCAAUAUGAUCACGUCUACACCCGAUUUUGCUCACAAGAAAUACUACGGCGACUGGGUGAACAGCGCGAGUCACGUACUAGGGUACUCUCACAGUCCAUUGUCGUACCAUAACGUGGCACCGUCCGUGUUGGAGCACCCGGAGACCAUGCUACGCGACCCCGCGUUCUACCAGAUGGCCAAGAAGGUUAUGUACUUCGUGUACAAGUACCAUACUACUCUGCACCCGUACGAGAAGACCGAGCUCGUCUGGCCCGGAGUGGUGAUUGAGAAAGUGGAAAUGGACCGGCUCAUUACCUAUUUCGACGAGUUUUACGCCGACAUGAGCAACGUCGUGUGGGACUCUGUCAACGAGCUCAAGGAGGACACGUUCCACGUCCACGUGGUGCAACAGCGUCUCAAUCAUAAGCCGUUCACAUAUAAAAUCCACGUCAACUCAAACGUCGACGGUCAAGCAACGGUGAAGGUGUUCCUCGGACCCAAGUACGAUGAGUACGGCCGCUACAUGAACGUUACGGAAAAUAUGUGGAACUUCGUGCCACUCGACUCGUUCCAGUGGCAUUUGAAGUCCGGAAACAAUAUCAUCAAGCGAUCGUCUCAGGAAAGCCAGUUCUACAGUCACGACAAGACCAGUUAUCCCGACUUGUUCAAGAAGGUAGUCGCGGCGUAUCAGGGACAACACGAGUUCCACGUGGACGGCAAAGAAAACUCGUUCUAUUUCCCUCACAGGUACAUGCUGCCAAUGGGCAGUCACGACGGCACUCCCUACCAAUUCUACUUCUUCAUCUAUCCGUACAAGCCGUACCACGGACAGACGGAGGAAAUGACUUACUUCUACCCGCGUCCGGGUACGGGAGGCGGCUUUACCGACGACUUCCCGGUGUUCUACCCGCUCGACCGUCCCAUUCACUUCGAGAAGAUGUUCGUGCACCAGGUGCCCAACUCUUAUUUCUACGAGACGAAGGUGUACCAUCGUAACGUCGUCGAAGCCAACGUGCCCCAACCCCAGCAUCACCAUUAGGUGUUCAAGAAAGAACCGCUGGUUGAUAUGUAGGUUCUAGUUAAGUUAUACGGUAAUAAAUAUUUAAAAGAAAUAA